AUGCUUCUUCUGUCACAUCACAGGACGCGUUUCUGCUGAUGCUGUUGCCGGCCGUGUGCGACAACGCCUUCUUGUCCGCCAGGAGUGACUGGAAGACUUUCCUGUCACAUUGUCUCUGUACUCUACUCCUCUUCGAGGAGUGACAGCACUAUUUUCAUUAGGAAUCGAUUUUUCUUCCAAUUUUUUUUUUAAUGAAACAUUCACUAUGUGCUUCUUUACAGCGUACCAAAUGUCCAUCUUAUGAUUACGGGAUAGGCACAAUACUAAUAACGUUGCGUUGGAGACGAAAAUUACCCAAGAGUAUAAGAUACACAAACGAUAGGAUUUAUUAUUUUUUUUUUAUUUAAGAGUGGUUCAAGUGAGUGAGGAAAAAAUAGCGAGUUUCUGCUGGAGCUUGGUAAAUCAGGUGGUUAUAUGCCAAGUUGUUUGUUUGUUUAAUCCUCCUGUACUGUUCUUUUAUGGUUGUUGCGCGUUAUCAGGGCGAGAUGCGCUGCCCCACGCAGUUCCACAAUGUGUAGAGUUCCGUGUUUUCCCUUUCUCCUGACUGGGUGAAGCGCUGUCAGAUGCAAGGGCCAGCUGUUGCGAGGCGGCUCGGAGUGCGUUACCUCUGUCGCACCAUGCACACUGAGAGAGUUCUGUUCUUUGCUUGACUCCUCUUAAAGAGCACCGCUCGGGUGCCCGGCUGUACUGCCCCUCCGGUUUUGAGCGUUUUCUCCUGUACACUCGUUGGGAUUUGUCCCGCACCAUGGAAGAUUUCUGUCUUUCUGAAAACGAAAGGAUGGAGGCAUGGCUGGAUGAUCACUUGGACUUCGCUCAUUCUUAUUUUGUAAGAAAAGCUACACGGGAGAUGGUCAACGCGUGGUUUGCUGAAAGAGUCCAUUCAAUCCCUCCCUCCAAAGAAGGAAGCAGAGCUCAGGCGGAACCGGGCCUUGUUCAUCAGAGCGGCCGCCAGGAGACCGCUACCCCCGGGACCCCCACCCGGAAAAUCUCUGCUUCUGAAUUUGACAGACCGCUGCGGCCCAUUGUUUGCAAAGACUCGGAGGGCUCCUUGACUUUUGUUAGUGACUCAGAGAAGGUCCAGGUGCCCUUAAAAGCCCAGAGGCUGCAGGCAGGUGAGGUCCAGGUGAGCGACCAGUGCACUCGGCUGCUGGAGCUGGUGAAGGAUAUCUCCAGCCACCUGGAUGUAACAGCACUCUGCCACAAGAUUUUCCUGCACAUCAAUGCACUUAUAGAUGCCGAUCGGUACUCGCUCUUCCUGGUCUGUGAGGACAGCUCCAAUGAGAAAUUCCUGGUCAGUAGACUGUUUGACUUGGCAGAGGGCUCAACAUUAGAAGAAGCUUCAAACAACUGUAUUCGUCUGGAGUGGAACAAGGGCAUUGUGGGCUAUGUGGCAGCUACUGGACAGCCACUCAAUAUCAAAAAUGCUUAUGAGGAUGCAAGGUUCAACGCAGAGGUUGAUCAUAUUACAGGGUACAAGACACAGAGUAUUUUGUGCAUGCCAAUUAAGAACCACAGAGAGGAGGUUGUUGGUGUGGCACAGGCGAUAAAUAAAAAGUGUGGCAAAAAUGGCACUUUUACUGAACAAGAUGAAAAGGAUUUCUCAGCAUAUUUGGCCUUUUGUGGGAUUGUUCUCCACAACGCCCAGCUGUAUGAGACUUCAAGGCUUGAAAACCGCCGUAAUCAGGUGCUGCUUGAUUUAGCCAGCUUGAUAUUUGAAGAACAACAAUCCCUUGAAGUAAUUCUGAAGAAGAUUGCAGCAACAAUAUUGUCAUUCAUGCAAGCGCAGGGCUGCACUGUAUUCAUAGCAGAUGGGGACUCUAUGAACUCGUUUUCUAGUGUGUUUCACAUGGAAUAUGAGGAACUUGGUGAGUCUCCUGAAGUUCCAAAAAGGGAAAGCGGAAAUAUGCUGAUUCACAAAACAAAUCAAUGUAAUUUUCACAUGCAUGACAACGUCUGCAUCUUCCGUACAGAAAGUGUCAGACCAACAGUGUCAGAGACAGUUUAUAGAAGGGACUGUGAUGUUAGUAAAAUAAACUACAUGUAUGCGCAGUAUGUGAAGAACACAAUGGAGCCCCUGAAUAUUAGAGACGUCACAAAAGACAAGAGGCUUCCCUGGACAAAUGAGAACACAGAAAAUUCAAGCCAUCAAAUAAAAAGUUUGCUCUGCACCCCAAUUAGAAAUGGGAAGAAGGAUAAAGUGAUAGGUGUUUGUCAGUUGACGAACAAAAUGGAUGAAGCCUCCGGGAAGAUCAAAGCCUUUAACAGAAACGAUGAGCAGUUCCUUGAAGCCUUUGCCAUCUUCUGUGGGCUGGGAAUCCAGAACACACAGAUGUAUGAAACAGUGGAGAGAGCCAUGGCCAAGCAAGUGGUUACUCUGGAGGUGCUCUCAUACCACGCAUCAGCAGCUGAGGAGGAAACACAGGAGCUGCAGGUAACAGCGGCUGCCACUGUGCCUUCUGCUCAAUCCCUCGGCCUGCUGGACUUCAGUUUCAGUGACUUUGAUCUCUCUGACGUGGAAACGACACAGGCCGCAAUUCGGAUGUUUACAGACCUCAACCUUCUGCAGAAUUUCCAGAUGAAGUAUGAGAACCUUUGCCAGUGGAUUUUAAGUGUGAAAAAGAAUUAUCGAAAAAAUGUAGCUUAUCACAAUUGGAGACAUGCUUUCAAUACUGCUCAGUGUAUGUUUGCAGUUCUCAAAACUGGUCGUUUUCAGAAUAAACUCAAUGACUUGGAGAUUCUGGCACUGAUGAUUGCAACAUUAAGUCAUGACCUGGAUCACAGAGGUGUAAAUAAUUCUUACAUUCAAAGGAGUGAUCACCCACUAGCGCAACUCUAUUGCCAUUCAACAAUGGAGCAUCACCACUUUGACCAGUGCCUCAUGAUCCUCAACAGCCCAGGAAACCAGAUUUUGAGCGGCCUUUCCCUAGAGGAGUACAAAACAACCCUGAAGAUGAUUGAAAGGGCUGUUCUUGCCACAGACCUGGCUCUGUAUAUGAAGAAACGAGGAGAAUUCUUUGAACUCACAAAGAGCAAUCGGUUCACCUGGGAAGAUGAAUAUCACAGGGACUUGUUAAGGUCAAUGCUCAUGACUGCGUGUGAUGUAUCCGCAAUAACAAAACCCUGGCCUGUCCAGCGAAGGAUAGCUGAGUUGGUUGCCACAGAAUUUUUUGAACAAGGAGAUAAAGAGAGAAGAGAGCUGAAUAUAGAGCCAAUUGAUCUAAUGAACAGAGAGAAGAGAGAUAAAAUUCCAAGCAUGCAGGUGGCAUUUAUUGAUGCAAUCUGCAUACAGUUAUAUGAGACACUUGCUUUGAUGUCAGAGAACUUCUUGCCCUUACUCGAAGGCUGUAAGAAGAAUCGACAGAAUUGGAAACUCUUGGCAGAACAGGGUGAGAAAGAGAUCAAUGGAGCAUCAUAGCACUUUGGAUAUUUAACUGAAACACCACUCUGAUCCAUGAUCCCUUUCAGGGUCUUUUAAAGACAGUUUUAGUUUUGCAGUAGAAGAAGAUUAGGACUUUCACAUUUUUAAGCUAUAUUUAUUAUUGUUUUUUGCACAAAGUUUUUUCUGAACAUCUUGGUUUAUCCAAUACACUCAAACCUUUAUUGGAAAUAUGAAAUACAGAAAAUAAAGACUUUCCUGCAUCAAAAUGACCAAUUAGGUCAAUUUUAGCUGACAAUUGGACUUUUCUUUGCCUGUGAAUUCUUAACUAUGUAGACUGAAGGUUUUAACUCUUGAAAACACCAUUAAAGCCAAUAUAGAAUCCCCAGAAUGAAGAGAGAUUAAAGUCUUCUUAGUUGUAUUUUAUGUUUGCAUCGGUAAAUAUUUAUUGAAGUAUACUUUUCUAAUGUUAUUCAGGUUUAGCUUAGUGUUACUGUCUUUAUAAAAAUGGAGAUUUUCUGGUCUAUUAUAUAAUAGUAACUGACUGUUAGCUGUUUAUGUAUUGCUUGUAGAUCACAAAUACACUCUUUAUACCUCCUCAUACAUAGACACUUAUAUGGUUCCUUUGUAAAAUAAUUGAUAUAAAAUGUAUCCUCCUUAGGUUAUGAUUGAUAUAAAGACAACCCUGCUCCAUUUCAGUGUAUUAAUAUAACAUUUUCAGUUUCGCCAUUUGCUUAAACUAACUCAGGCCCCUGUUAAUUGUGUUAUUGGUCUAACAUGAGGGAUGGGGAGCUUUAUUAUUAAAUGUGAUACUGUAUCUUUCA